UGUGACUGGCCGCACACAGUACAGCACCGAGCAGCACAUUGAGAGGGAGCAGGCGGCGGUGUCUUCUUCUCAAGUAACAGCAUGGAUAGCAAGCCGCUCCUGCCGGACCAACCACCCGCCUACAGUCCGGCCGUGACCGGGGGCUGUGAGUACGGGCAGCCGCCACAGAACUACGGGACCAUCCCGGGAGCGCCACAGACCGCAGCCCAGAGCGUCUACCAACCUCCACCUUACCCCUACCCCACGGGCACCGGAUAUAUUGCACCGCCUCACACUACCUACCCCAGCACUUACACUAUUAUCCAACAGCCAGCAGCAACCACUUCUGUGGUAGUGGUCGGAGGGUGCCCAGCGUGCAGGGUCGGAGUUUUGGAGGAUUCCUUCACCUGCCUGGGGAUUUUCUGCGCCAUCUUCUUUUUCCCGAUUGGAAUCCUGUUCUGUCUCGCUUUGAGGCAACGAAGAUGUCCCAACUGCGGAGCCACAUUUGGUUAAGAGGAGCAAAAGAGACACCACUUUCUAUAUCAUCCCCCUUUGAAAUCCCUUACCAAUGCACAAUCCUUUUCUUUAAUUGAAUAGCAGCAUCAUCAUUAUACGUGGGUGGUGAUACGGUCUAUCCGUUCUGCAUAGGGUGGGAGGGGAAAGCUCUGUGCCAUAGAGACACGUGGAAGUGUGAGGCUUCCACAUACCAGUGCCUUUAGAGACUGUACCAAGAUCCCGGCUCUGCCCUGUGCUCCUGUCAUAUGAAGACAAGUCCCCGUCACUUGUGUUCACCUAUUUGUAUAUAUGUUAGUCAGACAAACUUCAAUCUGUAAGAUGUCUUUGGAAGAAAAAAAAAAUAUUUUAUAGUAAAACAAAGCAGCACUGUGAUAAUUCUAACGAUUGUCAUCAUUAAAAUGAACAAAUGAUCUAUUA